GUCAUAACAAGUUUGCGAACACCCGUGCCUUGCUAUUUAUUGUCCACACCCUGUUCAGAAGGAAACUACUUAACUUUUUUAUCAUCAUCAUUAUUGUGAUCUUGAUAACCCGACCCUUUGUAGUGCUUCAGUGACAGCGGUGGAACACUUUUUCCUCUCUGGUGUGUGGCAAGAAUGUUCUCUGUGUUAGUGGCAUACUUUCUCCUGUUAGUGUCUGAUGCAACAGUGGUUCUCGAUGUCAACACCACUGUUGGCGAAUCAACGGUACUCCCAUGUAACCUGGCGGUCCCAGCUACCAUUGGCUUAAGGAAUCUACGCUUUUCCUGGCAAGACGAAAGAAAGUACGUUUUGUACUCUUUUAAUAGAGGAAGGGAGAGGCCAGAGUAUGUAAAUGGACUUUAUCGAGGCAGGGUCACAGCCUUCCCACGGGACAUGAUCGUUGGGAAUAUUUCAGUCACACUUCAAAACAUAACACUUGAGGAUAACCAAAAGGUUUUCCAGGCUUAUGCAGCAGUUCUUGAUAGCGGAGGGACGGGGGGAUACAUUCUUCCACUCAGAGAAAUCUGCCAAAUAACUUUACAUGUUGCAGUUGCUUACGAGAGAAUCAACCUGGCUGUAAAUGAAGACACGAGGACUGCAGUCUGCACACACAGAGGAUUCCCGAAGCCUUUGCUAACGUGGAGACUUCAGAACCUUUCUGACCCCCAACACUUUUUAGACGCGAGGGAUGUGCACACUACAGCAGUGCAGGACCCUCAAGAUCAUCUCUACAGUAUCAGAAGCACUGCAGAUAUCUCUGGAGGUCCAUAUCGAUCCAUAAUCUGCCUCAUCCACAACCCUACCCUAAAUGUGACUCUGAACACCACCCACAUUUUAAACAAAGGUGGAGCAGAGAGGAGCCUCCCCGGCCGGACCGCGGUGCUGAUAUUGGCUGCAGUUGUUCUCAACUUGAGCUGAGGUUGCAUAGAUGUGAGUUGUUCUUAUUUAUUGACAAUUUUAGAGCAUUUCAUAUCCAACUGCUGAGAAACACGUCACCGAUAACUCAUGAAUGCGUGGUAAAAUGCUAAAAUAUGUAUAUUCAUAAAAUUAUUAAAAUAUGAAUUUGAAUUGGCCUAUAUAGAGUAUGUUGUCCAUCCAUCCUGUUGUUCAUAAUAUUGUUCAUAAAAUGUCCUCUUAUAUGGUUAUUGCUAUGGUAACGUGACGUAAAGAAUUGUGAGUUUCGAUUUUGAGCGAUCACCAGCUCAUCCAUUUUAUAAAUAUAGUUUUUACUGUCACUAUGUGCUGAUAAUAUAUAUAUUAUCAGCACAUAGUGACAGUAUAUAUCAGUAUAUAUAUGAUAUAUUAUAGUACAUUUUUGAUAGUAUGUGCUGUUUGAAGAAUUUGGACGUAGCCAACAACAACCAGAUUCAACGUUUGGUGGCUAAGCAAUAUCACUUAUAUAGUUCAACGUUGAGGUUUGCAUCCCAAGCACAGAAAAUUAAACGCUAUGACUAUUGUUUUUUAUGUCGUUGUUUAUUGUUUAUUAAGAAAUAUGUUGUUAUGCUGCUGAGCUAAGAUUAUCUGUACAGGAAGUAUUGAGACAUAUUACCCUCUAAAGAGUUGAGAGGUGGUGUAAUCUUUGAUUUUUGUGAUUUUGUGAUUACUAUUUAUUGUGAAUAAGUGAGAUAAUGAGAAUCUCUGUGUGCUGUACAAGUUGGAAGCAGAAUAUGUUGUGUAGCGAUUGUCAACCUAAAGCAUUAUUUUUACAUUUUGCAGAACAUCUUAAAUAAAUGUGUAGCACCAGA